CGUCAUCACGUCACCCAGUUCAGCGCGCCCCGUGGCGGUGCAUUUCGGAAAAACAGAGUGUGUGUUUGUGUGUUUGGAGGGAAAGACACAUUCACGGCUGCGAUUGUGGUUGUGUUCAGGAGGAAUUCCGCGGUGUGAAUAUGCUGAAGGUGUUUGUGGAUCUGCUGUCACAGCCAUGUCGAGCUCUAAUCAUCUUCCUCACCGCUAAUAAAAUCCCUCACACUGUCCACACCGUGGCGCUGCGGAAAGGACAGAACAGGACUCCAGAAUUCACUAAACUGAACCCGAUGCAGAAAGUUCCAGUCAUUGAGGAAGACGGCCUCGUCCUCACAGAGAGUGACGCCAUACUGAAAUACCUGACUGCUGCCUACAGCGUCCCUGACCACUGGUACCCACGGCAACUGCUGAAGAGGGCAAGAGUGGAUGAGUAUACGGCCUGGCAUCACACGAACACACGCCUCCAUGCCUCCAAAGUGUUCAUCACAGAGGUGUUAAUACCACGGAUGACAGGACAGCCGGUGGACGAUGUUAAACUGCAGUGUGCUCUGAGGGAACUGGACGAGACACUUGACAAAUUGGAGACGAAGUUCCUGAAGGAGAAGGACUUCCUGUGUGGUGAUGACAUCACACUGGCCGACCUGCUCGCUGUCUGUGAGCUCAUGCAGCCCCUGGGUGGAGGCAGAGACGUGCUGAUGAAUCGGCCGAGGCUGCAGGAGUGGAAGAGUCGAGUUCAGACUGCACUCGGUGACUCGUUUGACCACGCCCAUAAAAUCCUGUACAGACUGAAAGAUAAACACAUCAGCAAACUCUAAUGUACAGUCCACACAUACACGGAGGAUUGUCUGACUACAUGGCAGUUGGUGGAUCAAAUGACACGUAGGAAAUGAAAAUUCAUUAGACAAGAAACAUUACUAUAAAUAAAUACAUUUACAACUUUAGUUUCAGAUUUGUUACGAUGAAAUAAUUUUACUUUUGUGAACACUAUAGCUACUGCUCAUUAAUAUUCAUGAAAGACUCAUUAUUAUUCAACACUUUCAACUGAAUGUAAUCAGAUAGUCCAGAUUACUUUCCAUAUUUGGUGCCAUUUUUUUCAAUAAAAACCUGAAUCCUGUGUAAAA